AUGCCAGUUCCUCUUGCCCCAUAUCCUACACCACCAACGCCAUUUACACCGCCUGCUAACGGUACACAGAGCCAGCUCGUGUGCUCUGGAUGUAGAAAUCUUUUACUCUAUCCAGUUGGAGCAACAUCUGUCUGCUGUGCAGUUUGCAAUGCAGUCACAGCAGUACCACCUCCUGGCACUGAGAUGGCUCAGUUGGUUUGUGGAGGCCGCCACACAUUACUAAUGUACAUUCGUGGAGCAACAAGCGUGCAGUGUUCUUGUUGUCACACAGUCAAUUUAGCUAUGGAAGCAAAUCAGGUAGCACAUGUGAAUUGUGGCAACUGCCGCAUGCUGUUGAUGUACCAAUAUGGGGCACGAUCAGUGAAAUGUGCAGUGUGCAAUUUUGUGACAGCUGUAGGGGUAAGUAUAAAAUUCUCUUUAGCAUUAAGUCUUUAAGCUUUUAUGCUGC